UGUCCGUUGGAGUCUGGUGAUACUAUUUUUAACAGUAUUUAUUAGUAAAAAUACCCAAAAAUAAUAUCAAUGCAAAUAUACAGAUAAUACACGUCAUCAAUACUAAACCCAAAAGUGCGGGUAUAAUAAUAAUCAGUAAGAAAUAAGCUCUAUCAUUGUCUAGGGGAUAAUGAAUUGUCAGAUGGAAAUAUAAAGUUCGUUUCAGUUCACACAGGCUGCCGUCAUUUGUUUGUCGCUGUGUUGCGAUUGUUGGAGAGAGAGAGAGAUAGGAGAAUGAGAACAGUUACUGCUAAGUAUUUUGCCAACCUUCCUUUAUGAUUUCGAUCCGUCGGUGUCUCGUUGUCGUGGCCGUUCAAGUGCGUCCUCUCCUUUAGCUAAACCGUUCUUCCGUGAUGAGCCCGUCACCCAGGCAAGGGAGGACGCACACGAGCUCCCACCGGCUUUUGCUAUAAAACGCUGUCACUGGAUUUCUAGGCUUUCUCCUGGUGCGUCUAAGGGGUGUUCCCCAGACCCCUCUUUUAUCCUCACUCACGGGGUCUCAGAUGUCAAUCAGGUUGGGAUGAUGCAAUCCCUUAACUGGUUGUCCCCUGAGGGGUUUCAAUGAAUAGUACAGUACUCAAUAGACAAUUCCUCCUCCAAGAGACAAUAGCAGUAGUCAGUGGUUCCGUUCCGCUUAUGUCAGGAGACAUUCCAAACCUUGUGUAUUCUGCGUCUCUCUCUCUCUCUCUCUCAUUUCCUGGCAUGCUGUGUAUCUCUCUCAUCUCUUGGGUCUCAUACCCGAAAUACUAGCGAUCUUGCGAUUCUCAAAAAGGAGGGGGCGACUUUGCACCUUUCGGCCCCAGAGUUGCUCCACAUUCGUAACAAGGGUGAUCCAGUGCUUUGCUGUCUCUGAGAAGAUUCCAGGAAGCAAGCGUGUACUUGGAUAGCCUCAGUGCAAAGGAACUUUGAGAUGGGUCAUAAUCCAAUGUUCAACUCCAUUUCACUGGUUAAACCGUCGAUUAAUUGCUGAUUAAAGUGUCGAGGAAGAUUGAGACAUUGAGGUGAAUGCGUGAAGGCGAGUGAGAGUUCACUGUCUUCUUUUUGAUCAUUGCCAGAAAAGGAAUCUGUGAGCAGACUGUCACUGUGUAGCUCUCUGUGGCAGAGCCUUGGGAACUCUCAGCGCGAGUAUGAGAAACAGGUCCUGCUCUACAGCAUCCGCAAUCAACUGCGAUAUAGAACUAACUUGGUUAGAUACAUCAAGAAAGAUGAACGCAAAUACUAUGAAGAGCUAUUUAAGUACAGCAGAGAACAUCUCAUGUUGUAUCCAUACCAUUUAUCUGACAUAAUGGUGAAAGGAUUGCGGGUCACACCUUUUUCCUAUUAUAUAGGAAUUAUGGAGGAUAUCAUGAACAGUGAAAAAAGUUAUGAUUCGCUACCUAACUUCACAGCUGCUGAUUGUCUAAGGCUUCUGGGAAUUGGAAGGAACCAGUAUAUUGACCUCAUGAAUCAGUGUAGAUCAUCAAAAAAAUUUUUCAGGAGGAAAACUGCUCGAGAUUUGCUACCAGUGAAGCCUGUAGAGAUUACUAUUGAGCCGUGGUGGGUGGUUCAGGCUGGUUUCAUCACAGAGGAUGAUAUCAAGCUUUGCUCUGGACCUGAAAAGAGUUGCAUUGAUAAAAUUAUUGAUUCGGGACCUCAAUUGGUUGGAGUAUUGGAACACAAUGUGGUUCUUGGUUUGUAUAACAAAGGCUUCAUUUACCUUGAUGUACCAAUAUCUGAUGACAGCUGCAUUGCAGUUCCACCAUUGGAAGGAUUUGUGAUGAACAGGGUGCAAGGUGAUUACUUUGAAACGCUUCUCUACAAGAUUUUUGUUUCUAUCGAUGAACAAACCAAUGUUGCAGAGUUGGCGAAUGUUCUGGAGAUAGAUCUAUCUCUUGUAAAGAAUGCAGUGUCAGUAUACUGCCGCUUGGGCUUUGCACAUAAAAAAGGGCAAGUAAUAAAUGCAGAUCAGCUUCACCCAACAUGGAGGAAUGUUCCAUCAGUCAACAGAUUGAAGUGUGCAAUGGACCCUCAGAAAAUGCUGCUAUCGUGGGAUGGGAUGGAAAAUCGGAGUCCUGUGCAUGACACCACAUCAACAACAGACACUGAUACAACUAGUCAAGAGGAUGUGGCUGACUCUGCCAGUGUGAACAGUUUAAACUUGCCCAGUGGACACACUAAAAGAAUUGCGUUCCUGUUUGAUUCAACUCUCACAGCGUUUUUGAUGAUGGGAAAUCUUUCACCGAACCUAAAGAGUCACGCUGUGACUAUGUUUGAAGUUGGGAAAUUAUCAGAUGAGUCUCUAGACAGCUUCCUUGUAGAACUUGAAAAGGUUCAGAACACUGGCGAGGGAGAGGCACAGAGAUACUUUGAUCAUGCACUAACUCUGAGAAACACUAUACUGUUCCUGCGACACAAUAAAGACCUAGUCACAGAUGAUGAACAACCAAGCGGUGGUUUUCCAUUGGAUUUGUUACGUUGUGAGAGCUUACUGGGAUUGGAUCCUGCCACCUGCAGCAGAGUCCUGAACAAGAAUUACACCCUGUUGGUCUCGAUGGCACCACUCAGCAAUGAAAUCCGUCCAAUAAGCAGCUGCACACCACAGCACAUAGGACCAGCAAUCCCAGAAGUUAGUUCAAUCUGGUUUAAACUCUACAUCUACCAUAUUACUGGACAAGGACCUCCAUCAUUAUUACUUACAAAAGGAGCAAGGCUAAGAAAACUUCCUGAAGUUUUUCAGGGCUAUGACCGGCUGCUUAUAACCUCCUGGGGGCAUGAUCCUGGGGUUGUUCUUACUUCAAAUGUGCUCAGCAUGCUGAAUGACGCUCUAACACAUUCUGCUGUGUUAGUACAGGGCUUUGGUAUCCAUGGUGAGGGAGAAACCACAUAUGUUCCAUUUCCCUUUGAUGAAGUGGAGAUGAAUGGAGAAUUUUCCCGGAGUAACAUGUGCUCGCAUCGAGCUUUGAAAGCACUGAGGGCAAAAGUGGAUUUGGACCACUUUUGUGGGUUUGUAAACAUGCUGAAUCCUCGAGCUCGGCGCAGCAGUGGGAGACAACCCAGUGAAGACCUGGAUGAGAAAGAAGAGUUUGAAUCCUCGUCUGGUUCUGUACAAGGCAGCACAGAGUCAUUUGAGUUGGUAACAGAUGAGCCCGUGUCUGAUUCUGCAGUCAAAAGAACUUUUGAAGCCUCGACGACUGAGCAGGAUUGGAUUCCUCUGGAGCUGUGCUUUGGAAUCCCACUCUUUGUUUCAGAACUGAACAGAAGAGUUUGUCAGAAAAUUGCUGCUCAUGGAUUGUGUGGGAAGGAGAGCCUUCAGAAACUCUUGCAUUCCAGUAGGAAAUUAUCCCUGCAAGUUCUCAGCUUUGUACAGUCAUUCCAGGAAACUGGUGACUCAGAUGGGACAACUUUAUUUCCUCAGACAUCGUCCAUUGAUGCGGGAGUUCCUCUUCCAGCCAAGAACCUGAUCUUCAGAGAUGGUGUUCUAUCUGAAUGGGUUAGCCGGUCACCCUUACCUGUACAUAUUGCAAGGUUGAACACGGACCAAACUAAUUAAACACAUUUCCAUAGUUGUACUGUACAUCUUAAUAAGCAAGUGUCAGACGAUAGUGCUGUUUCUUUCAAUUCUUCCAUACUUGUUUUUUCCUCUCUCCUUCCUUUUUCUCUUCCCAGCUAUUCUGUUUAUUUUCUCAGUUUCUUUCUACCUUUCAAACUUUCCCUUCUCUUUUCCUCUCUCUGCCUCUUAAUCUACCUCAAUGUUCCCAGUCUAUUGCACUUGUUCUUUCUGCUUCCCCUCUCUUCUAUCUCCUUCUCAGUCCCAAGGGCAGCCAAGUUCUAAAUGCUGAUCCAAAUAGAUGCGGUUAUUUAGCACCUUAAUAAUGUUUUAAAAGUAAACUAUGGCUCUUAAUGAUUUAAUUUUCUUGUACAAAAUGGUGGAAAUAUAAUUUCUGAUAAAACAACCAGAGUGGUGUUCAAAGGUCAAAGUAAAUUUAUUAUCAAAGUACAUAUGUCACUAUAUACAACCCUGAGAUUCAUUUUCUUGUGGGCAUACUCAAUAAAUCCAAUAACCAUAAUAGAAUCAAUGAAAGAUUGCACCAACUGGGCAUACAACCAUAUGCAAAAGACAACAAACUGAGCAAGUGCAAAAAGUAAGUGGGGGGAAAAGAAAUAAUAAUAAUAAAGCAAUGAAUAACGAGAAGAUGAGAUGAAAGGUCCUUGAAAGUGAGUCCAUGGGUUGUGGGAGCAAUUCAGUGAUGGGGCAAGUGAAGUUCUCUCAUUUGGUUCAAGAACCUAAUGUUUGAGGAGUAAUAACUUUUCCUGAAUUUGGUGGUAGUGAGUCCUGAGGUUCCUGUACCACCUUCUCGAUGGUGUCCGUGAGAAGAGGGUAUGACUUUGUUGGUGGGAGUCCCUCAUGGUGGACGCUGCUUUUCUAUGACAUCACUCCGUGUAGAUGUGCUCAAUGGUGUGGAGCACCUUACCUGUAAUGGAUUUGGCCAAAUCCACUAUUUUCAUAGGAAUUUCCAUUCAAGGGCAUUGGUUUUUCCAUACCAGGCUGUGAUACAGCCAGUCAGUACACAUUCCACCACACAUCUGUAGAAGUUUGUCAAAGUUUUAGAUGACAUACUGCAUCUUCGCAAACUUCUAAGGAAAUAGCAGCGCUAUUGUGGUUCUUCGUAAUUGCACAUGUGCUGUGCCUAGGAUAGGUCCUCUGAAAUGAUAAUACCAAUGAAUUUAAAGUUGCUGACCCACUCCACCUCUGAUCUUCCAAGGAACUCAGCAGGCCAGGCAACAUCUAUAGAAAAAAGGAUAGUUGACGUUUAGGGCCAAAACCCUGCCGAAGGGUUUUGGUUUGAUACAUCGACUGUACCUUUUUCCAUAAAUGCUGCCUGGCCUGCUGAGUUCCUCCAGCAUGUGUGUGUAGCUUCUUGACAUUGAGUAAGAGUUCGUUGUGGCACCACUCAGCCAGAUUUUCAACCUCCCUCCUGUAUGCUGAUUCCUCUCCACCAUAGGUUUGGCCUACGACAGUGGUGGUGUGUCAUCAGCAAACUUAAAUAUGGUCUUGGGACUGUGCAUUUGUACUGAUGGUGAUUCUGGAGGAGAUGUUGCCGAUCUGAGAUUGGUGUCUGCAAGUGAAGUUGAGGAUCCAGUUGCACAAUGAGGUUUUGAGACUUAAGGUCUUGAAGCUUACUCAUUCGUUUUGAGGGGAAGAUAGCAUUGAAUGCCAAGCUGUAGUUGAUAAAAUUCAUCCUGGCUGUUCAGAUGUUGUAGGGUUGAGUUAGGAGCCAGUGAAAUGGCAUCUGCUGUGGACCUUUUGUGCUGAUAGGCAAAAUGGAAUGGCUUACUUGGCAUUUCCACUUGAAGCUGUUUGGGAAAAAUACAUACAACCUUUUCUUUCAACUAUUGUUUGCAAUUGCAAGUUAUAGGGGCUAACAGUGAUUGUAUGGCACAGAGCAGCAGACAAUGGUGAUCACAAUCUCACUUCCACUGAUAUGGUCAAAUAGAGAAUCAAUUUUCUUGUUUCACUGUGACCCAGUGGACUAUCUGGAUCAACAUUUCAUAGACUGGUUGUAGGCCCAGCUGGCUGGGAACCCAUUUAUAUUCCCAUUGGCUGUAUAUGAAAUAGUGAUAUAGAAUUUAAGUUGUUUGUCCUCUAUACUGCUGGUUGGAAAGUACUUGGUAGCACACCUCAAAUCCAUAAUCCUGCUGAAGACUUCAUGCACCAGUUCUAAUUUUUUUUUGCUCUCAUCCAUGACAAAGAUUGGUCCCCAGCAAUGCCAAGCUACAAAAUGUCACUGAAAACCAGAAAUUAUUUUCUAUUUUCAGUAAGUUCAAUUAAGAAAGGACGGUAGGUUUGAUUUGGUGUGCAGGUUUUGCAACAAGUAGUUUUGUUAAUGGAUCCUGUACUAUAAUAUUGAAACCAGUAUCAAAUCCUGUAGUGAAAUCAAUGGCAAAGUUCCAGUUAAAUUGAAUAUACUUUAUAAUAUUUCUAUUUAAUGCAAGUCUUCUCUUUUUGGCAGAAACAGUAAAUAUUGCUUUUUCAACCAUCAAUUCAUGAUGCCUUCAACAUCAGUACAGUUGAAUUAUCUAUGUAUUUCUGACACCAAAUGGGGCUAUUUGUCCCAUUGAGUCUGUGCCAGUUGUAAGUGCCCUUCCUGCUUAAUAAUUUUUGAGAAUUUUUAAUAUCCACUACUGAAACUGAUUGACACUUGUCUUAAAUUUAGCAGAAGUUGUUUCAUUUUUGAAAGCUAGGAAUGGUUUAGGAUAUAAGGUGACCAAUAAAGGUUUGCUUGCAUUCCGCAAAAUUUGACUUACACAGAAGGGAUCCUUUAUUUUUUAAACUCCAUUGCAAAGCAGUUUAUCCAUGGUCAGAUUCACUUGCUACUGAAAGUUAAUUUCAUUCUUUUUGAAGGUUCUGAUCCAAAUCUUUGGAAAAUCAAUUAUCCAAAUUGGACAAUUCACUGAGUCUCAGUUACAACAAAUGGCAACUACACCAGGACAUUUGCCUUGGCACUAUCUUCCCCACAUUUUGGGGACCAACAAUGUUGUGCACGAGAUUCUGGAUGCUGUUGUAUUAGUAACAAACCUGUUAGUUCUCAUAUUCACUUUGUGUUCAUGUCUUUUGUAGUUCAUCUGCUAUUUAAAUACUACCAGUCAUUGUAAUUUCAGAAAUAGCCUUGACUUUAUUUUUAUUUCAUUCAGCCUGUGGAUGCCCAAGUAAUCAUCUUAGCAAUAAGAGAAAUAUGAGAAACUAUGAAAAUGUACAUAUUAAUGUAGACAUCAAGUGUGUGUGUGUGUGUGUGUGUGUGUUCAUUGACUCUAGUGAUCUGUAAUGGCAGGCAAUGAUCAUGUAGCUUUCUUACUUUUCUGUAGACCUGUCUUGUUUUGCAAAAGAAAAAGUUAAAUUCUGGUUGUACUCCAAGUACUUCAGUUGGAAGUGUUUUGAAUGGUGAGGCUGACGAUCCACAGUAAAGAAAAGUGCUUUUGGAGGUUGAGGCGCCAUGGUAGCAUAGUGGUUAGUGCCACGAUAUUACAGCUCGGCAUCUGAGUUCGGAGUUCAAUUCUAACAUCACCUGUAAAGUGUCUGUAUGUUCUCCCCUUGGAAAAUGUGGGUUUUCUCCGGUUUCUACCUAUGGUCUAAAGAAGUACCAGUUAGUAGGUUAAUUGGUCAUUGUAUCUACUUCCCUCGCAGUGCAUUGCAUGCAGGAAGUUAAACACCACCUCAAAAAUAAUCACCCAAGCCAGAAGCUUCUUUAGGGUUUUUAAUAAAGAGAACUUUGCGAAACUGCAGAAAAUUUAAGAUUCAGUACAGAAUCAUUGCACACCUGAAUAUACUAAUAUUAUUGAUUAUUCUCAUUAUCAGCAUUAAGCAAGGUAAUACACACUUACAACAUUCUAUAGCUAUUCUAUGGACUAGAGCAAACUUGUGGUGCAAAAAUAGUUUAAUAGCAAUGAACGAUAAACAUAAUACUACCUUCAAAGUACAUCUACUAAAUGUUUAGCAAUAUUAAGAAAGCUUAAGACUCACAGAUAUUACUGUUUCAAGGACAAAUAAAGAGUGGAUGGAGAUGGAUUCUUCCUACCAUGUUUGCUCCAAUCCUAAUUACCUUAUCCCACAUGGGAAAUUGAUGUUUAAAAAAAAGUUAACGAACUGGAAGUGAAGUUCAUACAUAAUGAACUGCAUACAAAAUGAACAGCACCUCGAGAAGCAGAAUAUUGUAAAUCAUCCUAUGAUUAGUUGGGUUAAAUCGAGGGUAACUGAAUGGUGCAGCUCGAAGGGUUGGAAAGGCCUGUUCUCAAAAUAAAUAAAUUCUGAUAUUAUCUUGGGAAAAUGUAGCUAAUAAAUGUUAAUGAGAUUUGAUAAUCGGCUUAAGUUUCAUGUCUGCUAAUGCUCCACAAAUCUCAACUGAUAAGUAACUUUCAUGGUACAAGUUAUGCCUGGUUCCACUUCUCAUUGCUUUCAGAUCUUUACAGUCACUUAAGCACUGACCAAGAGUGAAUCCAUUAGUUCAGAUAAAAAGGUCUUCAAACCAAAUUGCCUUUUUUCUGGAAUUCAUUUCAUUUGUUGACACAGAAUUUAUUUCAAAAUCAUUAAUCCUUGAAUCAGGUUUGCAUCAGAGUCAGAUUUACUAUCUCUGACAUCAUUGAUGUGAAGUUUGGUGUUCUGAAUGGUGAGGGGCUUUUGUGAUGGGUGCCACCCCCUUGAAGCAUCUUGAAGAUGCCCUUGAUGUUAGAACAAUUAGGAAAUGUUAAAAUCUGCAUUAGUUCCAUUCAUAUUUUGAAUCCUUUCUCCUUCAAACUCUCAGGAAUCUAUAUUGGGGGUGUUGGGUGAUGGGAAUUGCAAAUGUUUAUCUGAUAGUAUCUCCUUGGACCUUGCUCAGAAGAACUUUAUGUUAAUGAGAAGGUUUCUCAAAUUCUCAUAAAAUGAACGCUACAUAUUUCCUUAAUUCUGGCACUGGAAAUUACAGCUGUGAGCUGAGGCUGAGGUCUCCUAUGAUGUUUAUAGGUACAGUAUUCCAUAAGGCCUGCUGCAAACUUUCCGCAAUAGUUGUUAGGACCUUUCGGCACUAGCUCUUCCAUUUUUUUUCAUAGUAACAAGUCGAGGUUAAUUAUCCCCUGAAAUUUGUUCUGACAUCCGUUUGGAUCAAGUGCUUCUUAACAUCACUUUUUGGAAAAUCUGUCUUUUAAUAUAAGACUAUGUCCCAAGGCUAUAAAAUAUGAAAUAAACCUUUUAUUUUCCUUUUAAUGUACUGCAAACUUAGAUGAAAUCUUACUGUGUUUUAAAAAUUCUAAGCAAUGCUACAGUUGUUUGUGUAAUCAGUCCUUGUAAUUUAUAAACCAUAAUCAAAUUGUG